AUAAUGUAGAUCGAAUUAUUUGUGAUACAGAUCAUCCGGCUAUCAACAAUGAUGCAAAGUGGAAGCUAGAAACUUUGUUCAAAGAUAAUAUUCCUGAUCCAGAAUUUAUUUAUAACUUAUAA